GUUGAUGCUGAGGAAGGUUCUCCUCCACUUCUGCAUCUGAGAGGAGGACAGACCAAUCGCACCAACUUCCUGUGUGAUCUGUGUGGAGCUGAGUUCAGUCUGGUUGUGUCUCCGGAGGGGAGGCUCUGCAGACCGGAGCAAAAAGAGGAGGUGGAGGAAGAAGAAGGAGGAGAAGGAGGCUCGGUACGUGGUGCACAGACUCGGAUAGAGCCGCAGCACCAGCCCUAAAUGUGGAUUGUUUACACUGGUGGGUUAAGCUGCUUCCCCGCCUCCCUGCGCCUCCGAGCGGCUGAGCAGCUGCAGCCUCCCCGCAGAUAGCCUCCGUAGAGCGGGGGCUGAUGGCCCUGGAGCCGGCCCCGGCCUCCUUCCAGCACCACCGCUGCUAAAAAAAAAAAAAAAAAAAAAAAGAGGAGCCGUGCUGCUACAUCUAGUCUCCUCAAGUCCCGCGGGAAGACCGGAGGAAGAGGAGGAGAAGAAGAGAGGAGUAGGAGCCAGAGCAGGGCAGAGGAGGGCCCGGGGUUUGGGGCGCAGCAUCGCUCCGUCCCCGGCCGGUCCUGCGGUGCCGUCGGAGGCAGCGGAUGAGCCUCCGGAGCUGACCCAGAGAUGGCUGUUCUCAAACUGGCCGACCAGCCUCCUCUGAUCCAGGCGAUCUUCAGCGGAGACCCUGAAGAGAUCCGUAUGCUCAUAUACAAGUCUGAAGACAUCAAUGCCCUGGAUGCAGAAAAGCGCACGCCGCUCCAUGCAGCAGCUUUCCUGGGUGAUGCAGAGAUCACAGAGCUCCUCAUCCUCUCGGGGGCUCGAGUUAAUGCCAAAGAUAAUAUGUGGCUCACACCCCUCCAUCGCGCUGUUGCAUCUCGGAGCGAGGAGGCUGUGCGAGUUUUAAUCCGCCACUCGGCCGAUGUCAACGCACGCGACAAGAACUGGCAGACACCGCUGCAUGUGGCGGCCGCCAAUAAUGCACUGCGAUGCGCCGAAGUCAUCAUCCCGCUGUUAAGUAGCGUCAACGUGUCGGACCGCGGCGGACGCACGGCCCUGCAUCAUGCUGCCCUCAACGGCCACACUGAGAUGGUAAACCUCCUGCUGACAAAAGGAGCCAACAUCAACGCUUUUGAUAAGAAGGACGGCCGAGCGCUGCACUGGGCAGCCUUCAUGGGUCAUUUGGAUGUUGUGUGUCUGCUGGUGAACCAGGGGGCAGAGAUCAGCUGUAAAGACAAGCGGGGGUACACUCCCCUCCACACGGCGGCCUCCAGCGGACAGAUCGCUGUGGUCAAACACCUGCUCAACCUCGCUGUGGAGAUAGACGAGUCCAACGCGUUUGGGAACACUGCGCUCCACGUGGCCUGUUUUAACGGCCAGGACAACGUCGUCAGUGAGCUCAUCGACUACGGCGCCAACGUCAGCCAACCCAACAACAAGGGUUUCACGCCACUGCAUUUUGCCGCCGCCUCCACACAUGGAGCGUUGUGUCUGGAGUUUCUGGUCAACAACGGGGCUGACGUUAACGUGCAGAGUCGAGAUGGGAAGAGUCCUCUUCACAUGACAGCAGUUCAUGGACGGUUCACCCGCUCCCAAACCCUCAUCCAGAGUGGCGGGGAGAUCGACAGUGUGGAUAAGGACGGUAACACCCCUCUACACAUCGCUGCCCGUUAUGGCCACGAACUCCUCAUUAACACACUCAUCACCAGCGGAGCAGACUGCACAAGGCGAGGCGUCCAUGGCAUGUUUCCUCUCCACCUGGCUGCCUUGAAUGCACAUUCUGACUGCUGCAGGAAGCUGCUGUCCUCAGGUCGGAGGUUUAGCAUAAUGUGUAACGACUCGGUCCUAUCUGCAGGCUUUCAGAUAGACACUCCGGACACUCUGGGGAGGACCUGUCUGCACGCUGCCGCCGCUGGAGGUAAUGUGGAGUGUGUGAAGCUGCUUCUGAGCAGCGGUGGAGAGCACAACCGGAGGGAUAACUGUGGCAGGACCCCCCUCCACUAUGCAGCUGCCAGCCGUCACUACCAGUGUCUGGAGACCCUGGUGGCUUGUGGCACCGCCAUCAACGCCACGGACCAGUGGGGCCGCUCCGCCCUGCACUACGCCGCCGCCUCAGACCUGGACAGGAGGCGUCGUGUUGCUCUGGAGCCAGAAAGUGAAGGAGUUCAGGCAGAGAAAGAAAAAGAAGCAGCGCUAUGUUUAGAGUUCCUGCUGCAGAGCGGAGCGACGGCAUCUCUGAAAGACAAACAGGGCUACAGUCCUGUUCACUACGCUGCAGCCUACGGACACCGACACUGUCUGGAGCUGCUGCUGGACAGAGACGACAGCCACCAGGACGACCCCGAGUCUCCAAACGCCAGGAGCCCCCUGCACCUCGCAGCGUACCACGGUCAUGCCCAGGCUCUGGAGGUGCUGCUACAGGGGGAGAGGGAGGUGGAUCAGGGGGAUGAAGCAGGCAGAACCCCCCUGGCCCUGGCGGCUCUGCGGGGCCACACCGACUGUGUCCACACCCUCCUCAGCCAAGGGGCGUCACCACGUACCACCGACACCCAGUAUGGACGCAACCCCAUCCACCUGGCAGUGAUGAAUGGUCAUACGACAUGUGUGCGCCUCCUGCUGGAUGAAUCAGACAGUGCAGACCUGGUGGACGCUCCUGACUCUCAGGGACAGACUCCUCUGAUGCUGGCGGUGGCAGGAGGUCAUGUCGAUGCCGUGUCGCUGCUGCUGGAGAGGGAAGCCAAUGUCAACUUAGCUGAUAACCACAGCCUCACUGCGCUACAUCUUGGGCUGCUGUGUGGUCAGGAGGAGUGUAUCCAGUGUCUGCUGGAGCAGGAGGCCUCGGUUCUGCUCGGCGACUCUCGAGGUCGUACCGCCAUUCAUCUGGCGGCUGCUCGAGGCCAUGCCUCCUGGCUCAGCGAGCUGCUGAGCAUCGCCUGCUCCGAGCCGCCGUCCCUGCCCCCCCUGAGGGACUACAACGGGUACACGCCGCUGCACUGGGCCUGCUACUACGGUCAUGAGGGGUGUGUGGAGGUUUUGUUGGAGCAGAAGGGUUGCCGCUGCAUCGAUGGGAAUCCUUUCACUCCUCUGCACUGCGCUGUUGUGAAUGAUCACGAGCCGUGUGCGUCGCUGCUGCUGGAGGCGAUGGGAUCAGACAUCGCCGGCUGUAAGGAUAAUAAGGACAGGACUCCUCUCCAUGCUGCAGCCUUCUCUGGUCACGUCGACUGUGUCCAGUUGCUUAUUUCCCAUGAUGCACCUGUCGAUACUGCAGAUCAGUCGGGUCGUACUGCGUUGAUGAUGGCGGCUGAGAAGGGCAGGGUCGGAGCUCUUGAGGCGCUGUUGACCAGUGCCAAUGCAAACCUCAGUCUGACAGACAAAGAAGGCAACACUGCCCUGCAUUUAGCCUGCAGUAACGGAAAGGAGGACUGCGUCUUGUUGAUUUUGGAGAAACUGUCCGAUUCUGCGCUCAUUAAUGCGACAAACACAGCGCUGCAAACUCCUCUGCAUCUGGCAGCUCGUAGCGGUCUGAAGCAGGCGGUCCAGGAGCUGCUGUCUCGAGGAGCCAACGUUCAGACGGUGGAUGAGAACGGUCUGACCCCUGCUCUGGCUUGUGCUCCUAGCAGAGAGGUGGCUGAUUGUCUGGCUCUCAUUCUGGCUACCAUGAUGCCUUUCUGCUCCCCUUGCAGCUCCGGGGCUCCCUCCCCAGGUUCCCUGUUGAGGCAGCUGCCGCAUCAGGGGGGUAAGGUCCCCAGCGCUGGCCCCCGGGGGCCUCGCAGCCCCAGGAACCCCUCCGGACCAUCCAGCGAGGGAACCACCGAGAAUGACUCGGAGGACUCGGAAACCUUCUGACCCUUCCGAACCGACUCUCUACCCUCCUACCUCAGAGUGUGCACUUAGACCUUUCCUUUGUUCCCCUUGAGGACCAUGCAGUGUUUUAUUCUGACAACACGAGAGGCAGAAGGGUAGAGACUUGGUCGAGACACAGCGUCUGUAUCGUCUGCUCUUCACGCGAGGAACUUGUACAGAAUCACUCGGCUGUUGAAAACAGCUGGAGACCCCUCUGCUCUUGUGUUUUUUUAGCUCACUCGUCCAAAAACAAUGAAAGGAGCAGCUGCACUGCCCUGUAACGACUGACUACUGCAGCCAUUACUAAAGUCACUUCUUCAAACUCUGGUUCAAGAAGAAGAAUUUGAUCCGGACCAAAUACGGCUCGGGUCUGCAUGCUUGUGUUAAUUUACACCAUGGUUCAUUCUUUCUACUCACGGGUGCUUAAAUCCAAACCAGACCUCGGUACUUAGUCUCUGCAUGGCACAGCAACUAGCCUCUGAGACUCGUCUGUCUUAAAGAAAAAAAAAAAAAAAAAAAAGAAGGCAUUUUUAACUGGUUGUACAAAAUGAAGAAGACCAUUAAGAAAGUUAAAUGUAAAUUUAGUCUUUUGUAUGAUUCUGGCUUGUUGUUGUACCAAAUAUUUAACUUCCAUACGUAGAUGUUUUGAGAACCCUGUCUGCUCGAUUUAACAUUUAUAUAUUCAGUCAUUUUUUACAGAAAAUGUGACUAGAAAACAAAUAUAAUGCUGUCCUUUUAUGAUACACAGAACACUGUAGAUUUGUUGAACCUAAAAUAUUCACUGACAUUUUCAUUGCUUUUUUUUCCUGACAAUAUGCGCUUUAAGCUGCACUUUUUAGUCAUAGUAUUGUUGAGGUGGCUUUAGUAUUUUUUUUAUAAUGAUUUAAACAGUUUAAAUGAAGACUUUUUGAAAAAUUUCCGGAAAGAUAUUUUUUCAGUAUAAAAGAAAAAUAAGUAUGACAAAUCAUCAUUUAAAUCAAAAUGAAAUAAUAGACUUUUUAGCAUUGAAAGAGCUUAAGUGUCUAUGAUCUAGUUGUAAUCGGAUUAUUAGCAUGUUUAAUUAUAUAAUUAUGUAAUCAUAAAAGGCUUCAGUUUAAAGGUCCAGAUUUUGGUAUAUUAACAGAAAUGGUAAAAAAAAACAAACCUGACCUGUUAUCUGGUGAUAUUUUGGCUUCAAUGACACUGAGCACAGAGCAGUACAGUGUAAAACCUACAAAAUCAAAGCUCUAUAAAGGAGAAUAAGUGGGUAUUUUUUAUUUCUAGUUUAGAUUUUUACGCGUUGAGUUGGAUUAUUUUCAGUUUUUGUUUAAAUAAGGUUCAAUAUUGCUGUGUAACUUUCUCACCAAUUCAUACAACCCUAUUAUAGACUAAGGAUUCAAAGUUUAACUAAAUGUAAUGGUCAAGAUUUUACUCUAAAAACUUUUAUGAAAAAAAAAAAA